UACACACGCCGGGAGGAUCGAGGAUGUCACUUUACUUUUGUCCGCUCACAGGGGUGGACCGAAAACAACUUCAAGCUGCUGAACCACUCACACCUGUGUGUCAGGUCUGUCAGCUGGAGCCGCUAACAGCCCCGCGGCUAAAACAAUGCUAAGUGACGUGAUUUUGGAGGAAGAGUUUGACAAGAAUGGAGAGGCUUGGUACGACCCGCAGGACCUGGAACAUGAUCUCCACUUGGCAGCGGAGCUUGGGAAAACUCUCCUGGAGAGGAACCAUGAGCUGGAGCAGGCCCUGCAGCAGAUGUACUCCACCAACCAGGAGCAGCUGCUGGAGAUAGAGCACCUGACCAAGCAGGUGGAGCUGCUGCGUCAGAUGAACGAUCAGCACGCCAGAGUGUACGAGCAGCUGGACGUGGCUGCCCGGGAUCUGGAGCAUGACAACCGCAGGCUGGUGACGGACAGCCGCCUGGCCCAGCAGAAGAUCCGCAGUCUAACAGAGACCGUUGAGGGGAUUCAGACGUACAUGGAGAGCCUGCAGACUCAGGUGGAGGAGUUGAAGACGGCUCAGGUGGAGCGGGUCAAGAGAGAGCAGGCAGAGCAGCGCCGCAGCAUGGGAGCACAGAGUGUGUCCUGUCUCAAAGAGCUGUACGACUUACACCACGACAGGCAUCUACCCCACGAUGGUCUGCGUGUGGAAGGACUCUGGUCACCGCAGGGCUCUUUCCAUGACAGACACAGACGGCAGGACCCGGAGGAGGAGCAUGCAUCUCUGCAGCACUCCGUUCAGACCCUCCAGAGCCAGAUAUCUGCGGAGCGGAGCCGCAGGGAGGCUGCAGAGCGGGAGAGCGAGUUGACCUCCAGCGAGAACAGAGACCUGGAGGAGCGGCUGGCCAUGCUGUCCGGCUGCCCAGCCAGGCAGAGGGAACUGGAGGCCGAGGUGGAGCAGCUGAGGCUCCUCUGGCGAGCUGAAUGUGCCAACAGUGCCAGAAGACCGGACCAGCUGCUGCUUCCUGACACAGUGUUCUUUGCCUCGGAAGAAAGACAGGAUGAGAGGGACGAGGAAGUAGAAAAGGACGAGGAGCAGAGGAGAGACUUCAGGCAGAGGUCUAACGGUGACAGCGUUCUGAAAACCACAAACCCAGAAGACAUUCGCCGUGAUCACGAGCGGCUGUGUGUAAGGCGAGCGGAGGCGGUGAAACAGAGGGGCAUCUCUCUGCUCAACGAGGUGGAUGCACAAUACAGCGCACUGCAGGUGAAAUAUGACGAGCUGCUGCGACGGUGUCAGCGGGCGGACGGGCCCAGCCAUAAAUCCGUCCAGACGUCCGUUACUCCGUGUGCGAGCGGCCGAACCCUCCGCCGCCGCUCAUCACUUCUGUCGGAUAUGACAGACGGUCAGCAGCCCGAGUACAAGGCUCUCUUCAAGGAGAUCUUCACCCGCAUUCAAAGAACCAAAGAGGACCUCAGUGACAACAUACAUCCAAUCAAGGACAAUGAUGCUCAGGGCUCUGCCAGAUGAUUUUUGUUUGUGUCUUUUCAAAGUGUUUGACAAAGGAGAAACUUGCAGGCUGCUUUGCAAUAAAAAUAUCAGAGGAUGCAAUAUCCUUGACACGGUGCUCUCCGAUUAUAUCAUGACAUUUUGAUACACUUUGUUUUUGUUAGUCAGCACUGUUCCUUUUAUUCCGUCCUUAUCGAACAAAUUAAGUAUUAUAAAACGUGUUAUUUAAGCAGCUAAGCAAGAAUGCAUUUAAAAGUUUAACGACAAAUUAGAAAAAAUACAUACAUGGUAAAUAAUUAUUGUAUGGAGAUAUAUUUAUAGUCGAAUAAUUUGUACUAUCAGCUUGUAUUACCUCCAACAGUAUUCAGUGUUUAUGUAAUGAGGACACUGUAAUCGCUUGGUGCUUGGGAGAGAAAUGCUCACGUAUAAUAUUGUUGUACGACUUAUGUAAACAGAAAAGUUGUAAUAGGAUGAAAAACUGUAGUUAUGUAUUUACUAAAGACUCAGGAGUUUAUAAUAUUAGCUUAACCGCUAAUGUGAGGUGGUUAUGCAAGUUGCCGAAAGUUUAUUCGUAGAGGGUCAUCGGCGUGUCAACAGAGAAAUAUAAGUGGACACUGGAAAACAGUUUUGACUAGUUUGUGCUUUCUGUUCCGUGUCUGCACAGCUUCUUACGAUUGUCUCCAUGCCAGUAGGACACAUAACAGCUUUGCACUUUUUAUUUCUCAAUCAAAUGUUUUCUUUUUAUUUAUUAUUUUUUUAACAUUACAUUCUAUUUAUUUUCUUUGUUGUUGAAUAAGCAAAGCAGAUUGGUCAGCUGAGAGUGAAAGUAAUUGUACACUGAGGUGCUUAUUUUUUGGAUGUAAAUAGCUGACACAGAGGAAAACGUAAAAAACCUUUGCCUCAAGUUGUCGGAAUAUUUCUUCUGACUAGGACAUUUCCUGAUCUUAAUAUAGAACCAAUUGUGUUGAUCAGGUAACCAUAAACAACAGAAAGACGUUUAUUAAAUAUUAUUUAUUUUUUACUGUGGCUCUUUUGGCCUGAAAUGAGCUUCUAGAGAUCAUUUCUAUUUUGAUGAACAAUGUAUUUGACAUGUCUUCCUUUGCAGUUCAAAAUGGUGUUAAAGUAAUUUUACUUUUAAUUUUCCUUGUGAUGUGAUGCUCAUGGGGAAAAGGUUGCUUAAUGGACAAUCCUGUUGUACUAAAAUACAGUAUGGCAUUUAGAAAUAUGCUUCUUAGAAACUGUGAAACUUAUUAUUAAAAACAUUAACACAA